AUGUCGGGGACUCCACCCCUGUCACAUCAACUACCCCGAAUCAACAAAUUUGUUGGAGAAGCUUUUGAAGAGCAAGCUUUAUCACGGACAAUUUAUACGACAACACACAAAGCGUCAAGAGUGAUUCUUUUGAUCGGUCCACAGACGGCCAGAAAGACGUCAUUGAUAGAUUUUCUCUGCAAUUAUUUCUAUGGAGCUAAGCUGGAUGAACCUACACGUUAUCAUAUUGCAAACGAGAAGUUUGACUCGACGACACCAGAGAAGCAGAUUAUCACUUACGUGUUCAACGAUGCUAAAAUGGACUUCAGACCGAUCGUGAUUGACACACCCUCCACGAGUGGACCUCACGGUGAGGAGAACCGUCGAAUACUAGCUAAAUGGCUAGGAGACAACGAUCGCAUGAAAAUUGAUGCCAUUGGUGUUGUUUUCCCAGCUUUCACUCGACUAACCUCUGAUGAAGAAGAAGGACUACAGAAGGCUCUUCAACUGGUUCCUCCACAUAUGAGACAGAAGCAGAUUGUAUUCAUGACUGGCAGUGAUGGCUCAUCGUUACCUGUAGGCAUGCUUCGCAGGUUCAAUCUCGACAGAGCUGAUGUUUACAAAGUAAAUACUUCUUGCAUAUUCCAGCGCCCUGAAGAGGACCCGCUACAAGAGCACCUUCGCGGUAAUUACUGGCGUAUGAGCGUUGCAAAUUUAGAAGCACUGUUCUCUCGACUGAAAUUCGAAAUUCCGUUUUCGCCUUCAAUUCGAAGCGAAAACAUUUCACCGGCCGUAUCGGUUAGCCUGGGAGGAUCAUCUACAUCGUCACAAAGCUCUAAAGAUACUGUAAUUCGACAGAUCCCUGUCAAGACCGAGGUCUCAAUAACGCAAGGGCCUGCUGUACUACAGACCAGAAUCAGUGACGUCAAAAGCAUUUCUGGUAGAACGACAAGUUCUGGAGAGUUCCCAGAACCACCGCCCCAUCUAAUGAGGAAAAUAAGCUCAGAAGAGACGAUCAAGACCACCACAACUCACUCAGAGGAUUCCACAAGUGUUACCCAUCGGCUGUCUGGUCCGAAAACUAUGGAGCAGCGGUCGACCCUGCCAUCGUCGACAUCCGGGGCUUCGGAUAAUGGAACCGAGACUCAGAAACCCCAUCGCCGCCAGUGUAAGUUUCAGAACCACUCUCUUAUUUCCUGCUACAACGAAAGAAGAGGUGAGGGGGUGCAGUUAUGA